AUGUCUGUCCACGAGCAAGAACUCUCAAAUCUCCAACAAAGCCAUGAGGCUAGUCAUGAAUCGAAGCAAUCUCAGGGUACCGACGAGCUCAAUUCAGUCGAAAGACCAAUUAUCGUCGGCAUAUAUGGGAUCUCGGGCUCUGGAAAAACUUUUCUCAUGGACCAUUUAAAGCAGGACUUGAGGGAAACUUCAUUCCAUUUCUAUGAAGGUUCGGAGGCGAUAGCCAAUCUCGUACCUGGAGGCCUCAAAGCCUUUCAGCAGAUGGGUGAACUAGAAAAGACGCAGUGGCGUGAACAAGCUAUCGACACCAUCAGAAUUCGGAGCAAUGGCGAUGGAAAAACGACUGUAGUCACUGGUCACUUCAUGCUCUGGCCGGAAGAAGAUGAAACCGGGCACAAAGUCUGUACACGGAGCGAUCUGGCCGCCUAUACGCACAUCCUUUAUCUCGAUAUUCCCGUCGAGACCAUCGAGCAACGCCGCCGGAACGAUGCUUCGAAACCACGCCCCGAUACUUCAGUCUCCCAUCUACUGAAAUGGCAGCAAGCCGAAAAGGCUCAGCUGCAAUCGUUAUGUCGCCAGCAUGGCAUCUUGUUCUCAGCUCUGACAUCAGAUGCCAGUGUAAAGAAGAGAGCAUUGGAGCUCAUCCGAGACUUCAGAGUUCAUACCGAAAAUCACAAUGAGAUCCAAGCUCAGACCAGAUUGGAUGCGGCUAUGGCGUCCUACAGAAGCCCACCUAGUACGAUCCUGGUACUAGACGGCGACAAAACACUGACUGCGCAGGACACCGGGCCUUUGUUUUGGCAGAAACUAUCGGAAACCGGAUCAAUGCCCAUAAGUGCUCCACUAAAGUCAUUGUUUGGUGGCCCAAUGGGGUACUCUUACAAAAGUUUUCGACAGGCUAUGCUUCUAUAUGAGGACGCUGUCGACGAGCAUACUUACGAUGCCAUCUGUCAACAGGUAGCUUCCGACGUAGAAGUCCAUCUGGAAUUCAAGCGCUUGCUGCGGCUGGUAGCGGAGCAAGAGCACCUCGGUGCCGUCGUCGUAAGUUGCGGCCUUCACCGAGUCUGGGAGAAAGUUCUCGGGAAAGAAGGCUUGUCCCAAGGCAUACCGAUCAUCGCGGGCGGAAGACUUUCAGACGGUUUUGUUGUGACAGCAAAAACCAAGGCUGCCGUUGUGAACCGUUUGCAGACGCUACACCACGCAUAUGUUUGGGCAUUCGGCGAUAGUCCACUCGAUAUUCCCAUGUUGAUGGCAGCGGACGAAGCAAUUGUUGUAGUUGGCGAUGAGAUCACCAGAAGCAGAUCGAUGGAUACGGUCCUCUCUGAUAUGAUAGGCAAGGGCCAAUUGAGCGCACGCCAAGUCAAUUUGCCUCGUACUGCUUCAUCGCGGCUGGACACAUCUAUGCUGCCGAUGAUCGACUUGAACAACAUAGAGUUCCUCACUGACCUGCUUCGCCGCCAUGAUCGCUCCGCAAAGCUUGCAUUCUAUCAUGCAACAAACAAGAACGCGGCCAAAGCCAUUGCAACCCUGAUGCGCGAUGCAGCUGUUGCUGGGCCUGCGUUAAGGAGAGCUCAUCGUCAGGCGGGCUGGUAUCUCUCUCAGGAGUACUUGACUCACAUAAUCGGAGUGGAGGACUGUCCGAUCUCGCACGUCCUAGGGCACGGAGCCACCGGAUCCCGGCUCAUGGAUGAACAGAAGACGACAAUUGUGGCAAUCAUGCGAGCUGGUGAACCCAUGGCCUCUGGCGUCAGCGAGGCUUUCUCGCUGGCGAUGUACGUGCACGCCAAGUCCCCCAGCGACCUUGCACCCCACCAUAUUCAAGGCCAAAGCCAGAUUUUAUUGGUCGACUCCGUCGUAAACAGCGGAAAGACGGUCAUCCAGUUUGUACAGCACGUUCGCAAUGUUAGCAAAUAUAUUCAUAUUGUGGUAGUGACUGGGGUUAUCCAAGGGAAAUGUGUUUCUUCGAGGAGUAAGGUAUACCAGGCACUGGAAACGUGUGGGAACGUCAGUCUCGUGGCGCUUCGGAUUUCGAGCACAAAGUUUACCGGUAGCGGCACGACUGACACGGGUAACCGUCUUUUCAACACCACCCACAUUCUUUAG